AUGGCCAAAUCUAAAUUCGAAUACGUGAAGAAGUUCGAGUUGAAUGAUUCUCUAUUGCCUAAUACCUGUGAUAAUGGAACCGUUUCUGGAAAUAUUUUAACGCGUCGUCCUUUGAUUCUUUUACAUGGUCCUAGAUUCUCGGAUGUUCAUGAUUUUAAAAAACCAAAUGAUAAGAAUGCGUUGGAUCUUAUGAAUAAAUGUGCUGAAUGUGUUAUGAACAACGUUCAUGAUGUGUUGCUAUCAUACGGACAAAGCGAUGAGUACAGUUUUGUGCUGAACAAAGAAUGUAAUCUCUAUGAUCGUCGCGAAUCCAAAAUAGUCUCGACUAUCGUCAGUCUAUUCACAUCCAGCUAUGUCUUUUACUGGAAGAACUUCUUUCCUGAUCAAGAACUUCAAUACCCUCCUUCAUUCGAUGGACGCUUAGUGCAAUAUCCGUCAGAUACCAAUUUACGCGACUAUUUGA